CGGAUCUCAAACCUUCAUCUAAAUUUCCUAUGAGUUGACGUUCGAUUCCGCUUUGUCUCAGCCUCUCUCUUCCGUACUGCUUCUCCUCUACCUCCGUCGCCAGCCAGCCACUACCUCGAUUCGCUCCCCUCCGGCCCUCCUGUCGCGCGCGCUCUGCCUCACUGGCGCCACGGUCGCCCGCGCCGGCAGGCUCGAGUCCCUCGACGCCAUCGCCUAGAUUGUCUACUAGCUGGCCCCCGCUCGCCGCGAGGUGGUGCUUGCGGAGGUGGCGGCGAUCGUGCCUGCAUGGUGCUCGACAAAAAGGUGCUCUACGAGACGACAUCUGCUUCCGCGCGCACAAGCUCACCAUGCGCAGCUUCGGUGACGUUUAGCCACGUCAUCUCCGCCACCAUGAGCGGCGUCACCUGCUGCCUUUGCUUCUCCGGUCAGCUCAACUCCGAUCUCCGUAGGCUAGCCGUCAACCUGAUCCCGUUCCCGCGCCUGCACUUCUUCAUGGUCGGCUUCGCGCCGCUCACCUUCCGGGGGCUCCUAGAAAUAUCACGUCCUGACUGUGCCAGAACUCCCAAAAUAGAUAUGGGACGCCAAGAACAUGAUGUGCAUCGUGGACCCGCGCCACGGUUGCUACCUGACGGCGUCCGCCAUGUUCUGCGACAAGAUGAGCAACAGGGAGGUGGACGAGCAGAUGCUUAACGUGCCAAACAAUGACUCCUACUUCGUGGACUCGAUCUCCAACAACGUUCAGUCCACGGAUGUGCCUCUUUUGAGAGUGAAUUAUACUUUUACUCAAUUAGGAUAUUGUGUUUCUUUGGAUCUUUGUUUGAUUAAUGAUUUUUUUGGAUGAGAGUGUGGCUACAGGAUGAAGCAAUGCAUUUUUUGAUGGAACACACAUGUGCAGUAUACAAAUGGACCAUCAGGUUGCGGAGCAUUCCAUUAUUCCAACCUUAUUCCAGAGUAGUUCUGUGCACUUUAAAGCCGAACGUUUGUGGAUCCAGAAAAGAAGCAAAUUUUGUACCCUUUGUUCUAAGUUGUUGAGUGAGCAGAAUGAAGGCUAGAAGUAGAAGCUACACUGGCCGGUUUCAGGUCGCGUUGUCUUUUUGUAUCAUUCUUGUCCAAAAGCUAUAUAAAAGAAGCAUGGGCAACCAGUGACAUCCAUCUCCAUGAUCUAUCCACAAAACAAACAAUGGCGAAGCAGACUGAGAGCUACGAGCUGCACAAACUGCGGCCCCAGGUGGAUGACCUGUUCAAGGAGUUCGACGCCCUGGUCGACAGACCUCUGGAUGAGAGGGAGGACCUGGCUGCAAUCUUCAAGGUCCUCGAAGAGAUCAGGGACAAGAUCAAGAUCAAACACGGUGGCAAGAAAGUAGACGACGACGAGCUCCUUCCGCGGAGCAAGAGGGGGGACCUGGCCAACCUGCUCCCCCUCAUCAGGACUGCACUGGAGCUACGCAGCAAGCCGCCGCCGCCGCCUGUGCAGCAGGACGCCACGGGCGGUGCCCACGACAGCAAGCCGACCGGCUGCAUCCCCUGCAAGCCCCGGCCGUCGCAGCAGCACAAGGAAGAAAAAGAAGGCAGCAAGGAAGUCGUGUCACUCAAGCUGCUGCUCCGGCUGACCCAGAACGUGCUGGAGCCGGAGCAGUACUACGAGUGGACGACCAGCUACGUGGACGAGGAGAGGAUCUACGGGUGGGACAAGGAGGCCGGCGAGGUGAUCGACGCCCUCGUGGCCGCCGCCGACGGCUCGGGGGCGCGGAUGUUCCGGGCCGCGGGCAUCGCGGGCAUCCACGGCAGCGGCAAGACGGCGCUGGCGCGGAAGGUGUUCGUGCACGACAAGGCCAAGGACAACUUCGCGCUCCGCCUGUGGGUGUGCGUCGGCCCGCCGGACUCGGAGGACCGCUUCAACCUCCUCUACCGGAUGCUCGACAACCUCGGCCUCGACACCGACAAGGUCGAGGAGGUCGUCGACAAGUCCAGCGUCGUCAGAGACGCCAGGGGCAGAACGGAGGCGGAGCUCCGGAAGGCCGCAGCCAGACCUGCCGAGCAGAAGAAGGCGGAGGGCAGCGUCGUCGUCACCGAGGCCGGCGCCGGUGGAGAUGCCAACAGGCAGGCAAAGGACGAGGAGCUGCUCAAGGAGAAGGUAGAGAACAGCCGCGCCGUCGAGAAAUCCAAAAUCGGAGUGCUGCUCUACAUCCUCAACAUGGUCCUGUCCAAGACGUCGUACAUGAUCGUGUUCGACGACAUCCGGGCGUACCGCCACGACGACGACGACGCACAGGGAUGCUGGUACAGCAACCUCACGCUGCUGCCGCCGGCGGAGGGCGAGUGGGGGGACCGCCUCGCCUACGGCCUGCCCAAGACGAAACACAGGGGCGCCGUGCUGGUGACCUGCCGCAAGGAAGACGACGCCAAGACCAUGGCGCGCACGGGCCUCGUGGUCCGCCCGCCCAAGCUCGAAGGUGAUGACGCCUGGAAGCUCUUCAGAAGAGAGUACGACCAGGCCAAGGACGACAAGCGCAACAAGGACGGCGGCGGCAAAGAAGGCAGCAAGGGGGAGGAGGAGGACCUGCUCCUCAAGCAGCUGCAGGAGAUGAAGAAGGAGAUCGUGGGCAAGUGCCUCGGCCUGCCGGUGGCCAUCAUCGAGGCGGCUAGGGGCUUCGCCGACCUCGAGCCCUUGCCGGAUGAUACUAGUCCCCUCAAACCGGUGACCAGCAAGGACAUUGACAAGGACAAGCAGCUGUCUCAAGCAAAUAAGUAACAGAUUAGUUGAAUUCGUGCUGUGUAAUGCUUCUGCGUUGCUUUGGCUCUCUUCUAAUAAAAUUUAAUUAUGGGCUAUAAAAGUCAAAAAUUUUAAUUUGAAAUAUAACAAAUAGUUUUUUA